CGGCCCGGCCGCGCUCCGGAAGCGGCGCGGGGGACGCGGAGCCGGCGCUGGGUGAGCUAUUACAGAAUGUCCUUACGUUGAGCCUUUGUGGAAGAACCAAGAUUUAAACAUCAGUUCUUCAAUGUGCAUCCUUCUAUUCAAGUUUGACCCCCGCCCAGUUUCAAAAAAUGCAUACAGGCUCAUUCUAGCAGCUAACAGAGAUGAAUUUUACCACAGACCAUCCAAAUCGGCCGAGUUUUGGGACAGUAGCAAUGAGAUCCUCAGUGGUCUGGAUAUGGAGGAAGGAAAAGAAGGUGGGACAUGGCUGGGAAUCAGUAAGAAAGGCAAGAUGGCAGCCCUGACAAACUAUAUGCAGCCAAAGAUUGAUACAAAUGCAAAAGGAAGAGGUGCUCUCGUAACAAACUUCCUGACUGCAGAUCUGGACAGCUACUCUUACCUGAAGAAAGUUUCAGUAGAGGGACAUCUUUAUAAUGGAUUUAAUUUGUUAGCAGCUGACUUGAAUACCACCAAAGGAGAUGUAAUUUGCUACUAUGGAAACAAAGGAGAACCAGAACCUGUUUUCCUAAAUGCUGGAAUAUAUGGAUUGAGUAAUUCUUUGUUGGAUACACCAUGGAAGAAGCUUCAAUAUGGGAAGCAGCUUUUCACAGAAGUGGUGAAGAGAAGCCAAGACCUUACCAAAGAAGACUUGGUGAAGGAGCUUCUUACAGUGAUGAAUAAUCAAGAGCCUCAGUUGCCAGACCCUGCAAUUGAAGACCAGGGGAAGGACUAUAUCCGUCCCAUCCUGAACCAAUAUGCAGCUGUGUGUGUUCGCUGCCCAGGCUAUGGAACAAGGACGAACACCGUGGUGCUCAUCGAUGCCCAGGGCCGGGUGACGUUCACCGAGCGCAACAUGAUCAACGCCGACAUCAACCAGUGGCAAACAAACACCUAUGAAUUCCAGCUGCACUGCUGACAACCUGCCAUGGAAUGGUUUGUAACAAACAGCAGGGAGAGAACAAGCCAUUAACCUCUAGUAAAUGUUUUGUGCCAGCCUCCACCAGCUAAAAAUAGCAAGGAAAGAAAAAAGUUUAAAUAAACUGGUGGCACACCUGGAUCGGGCUCACAAAGUCUUUGGCUAAAACCAGGUGAAAAAACUGGGUUUAUGUUAAGUAGCAACUUACAAUCAGAAAUAUUUUUUUUAAUAUCACCCUGCCUUCAGGACAAGGCCAUCUUUGUCCAGGACAAAGUCAUUGCUUUUUGUGAGGGUGUGGGGUAUUUUAAAGAUGCUUUAAAUAGACUUAAACUUGUUUUCAGUUCUGAGGGGGGGAAACAUUUGCUGCUUUUAUUGUUAAUAUAUGAAGGUUUUACCAAACUUUGCUUUUCCUUCAACAUCUGCUGUUAAGAUUGUCCAGCUGAUGCCAGUGUGCAUUAAAUGAAUGUAUGUUCUGCUGGUAGCAUUAAGUGCUUUAGUCCCAUGCCAACCUUUCAGCAGUGCCAUGGUGCACUGUUCUGCCUGGGGAGGGCAGAGCAGGGGGAUCCUUUACAUUUGUUUUCCUCUAGAUAGUACAGCAAUAUAUCUUACUUCUAAAACUUGGUCUAAGAGCAGGUAGGAAAUUUUUGCUCAGUCCCUGUUCACUUUUACUGAAAGAAUCAUGGGAGCAGACUUGCCUACCUUUGACAGGAAUAAAAUUAUUGGUGUUGUGACAUCUUGUUUCCUGAUAGUCUAACUAGCAAUAUUGAUUUUGAUAUUUUCUUCCCCAGCAGGCAGGUAAGGAAUAGGUACCUGUUUGCAAACAGAAGCUGAAUAUGAGGUUUACAUAUAUCAGCUGUUUUGUACAUAUGCAAUUUUGGCUUCAAUAUUGGUAUAAUAUGUUAAAGCCUGGAGUGACUGAUCAUAGAUUUUUAGUAAAAAUAGCUGUUUGUUGUAAGGUGACAUUAUUGCACUGUUAUAUUGCUGAAAAAGUUGGGUAUUAAGAUGUAAUUCCUAUGUUCUAACACCUGUGAAUUAAAAAGCUAUUUAAAUGCA